AUGGAAAUUGCUGAAGCUUUAAUGAAAUCGGUUGUACCUAAACGUUCAAUUCAACGAGGUCGACCAUCUUUACGUCUUCGAUCAAAAGAAAAUACUCCAUCACCUCAUCCUCGAGCUGCACCUAUUCGAACUCCACCACUUAGUAUUCGACUCGAUGGAUUCAAUCAUUGGCCAAUGUCAGCAACCAAAGGACGUUGUCGUCAUCAUGGAUGUAACAUUGUGUUCCAUUCAUUGAAAGAUAAAAGUCUUUUUUGGUAUUUUGACCCACUUCGGCCGGCUGUUGCCUUUUGGGAACAUCCUGGUAUUUAG